AUGGCCCCAGAGAUACUGGUAACCUACAGGCCCCGGGGAUAUCAGUUGGAAAUGCUGGACGCGAGCAUGAAGCAGAACAUUAUUGUAGCGAUGGAUACGGGUAGUGGGAAGACUCAUAUAGCCGUCUUGCGCAUCAAGGCCGAGCUUGAAAUCUGUGCAUCUCACAAAUUGAUUUGGUUCUUAACACCAACUAUGGCCCUUUGCUUCCAGCAGCAUGAAGUUCUAAAAACACAUAUUCCAAACGUGCAAAUUCGGAUGUUGACUGGUUUGGACAAUGUCGACCGCUGGACAGAUCAGUCUGCCUGGGACAAAGCGCUGCAAAAUAUUCGUAUAGUCGUAUCCACUCACGCUGUGCUAUCGGAUGCCUUGAAUCAUGGCUUCGUGAGGAUGUCGCAAUUAGCUCUCAUGGUUUUCGAUGAAGCACACCACUGCAUGCGCCGACACCCAGCGAAUAAAAUAAUGCAGCUACAUUAUCAUCCACUACGCGAAAGCCAUGGAACAUAUGCGGUGCCAAGUAUCCUAGGACUGACAGCGAGUCCAAUUGUCCGAUCUAACAAGGAAGAAUUGCAAGCGAUCGAAACCAACCUCAAUGCUGUGUGCAGGACACCCCGAGUAAAUCGCACCGAGCUACUUGAAUGCGUUCAUCGACCCCAUCUAAAACGGCUCAGCUACAGUCCAACUGAAUUGGAUGACAAAACCCCUAAUAGUCGACUUUUGCUUCCGUUACGCCGUUGUAUUCUGGAAUAUGAUAUCCAAGACGACCCAUACAUAGAAUUAAUGCGACAGGAUCCGGAUAAACUGGCCGAGGCACACGAGUUUGUUGUUUCUGGUAAGACCUUCUGCAAGGAACAGCUUGUCAAGUUCUUGGAACGCAGCGUGCACAUGUACGAGGAGCUUGGAGGCUGGGCCACAGACUUCUUCAUCAAGGCGUCAAUUGAGCAUUUCCGAAACUCGAUCGAGAAUGACAAGGAUCUGACAGGGAUAAAUCGUCAGGAACGGGUUCAUCUCUUGGACCUUCUAAUGAGUAUGUCUGUGCCCGAAGCUAAGCCAGAAAGUUUCCACAUCUCACCCAAGCUGGCGACACUCUUUGAAUACCUGGAACAAAUGGACCAGCCCGAAUUUUCUGGCAUCAUUUUCGCUCAAAGACGGGCAGUUGUUGGUGUGCUGGCGCGGUUAAUUUCGUUGCACCCUACAACCAAGGGUAGGUUCCAAAGUGCUCCAUAUGUGGGAUGGUCGUCCUCCCAAAAUGGCGAUUGUCUCGGUGAUCUUGUGAGCAAAGAUAUGCAACGAGAUACCCUCUCUGAAUUCAGAGCGGGUAGAAAGAAUCUCAUUGUAGCGACUGAUGUCUUAGAAGAGGGUCUGGAUAUUAGCUCCUGCAGCUUGGUGAUUUGUUUUGACAAACCGGCGAACUUGAAAUCAUUUGUGCAGCGGCGAGGUAGAGCACGUCGCCAGGUGUCGACAUAUACGAUCAUGGCAUCUACAGAGGAUGACAAGAUUAACGUGACUAAAUGGCAAGAACUGGAGAACGUUAUGGUGGAGACCUAUUUGGACGAUAGAAGACGACAAACAGAAAUGGAAAGUUUGGAAAGCUAUGACGAAACCGUUGAAAGGCGUUUGUUUAUUCCCUCAACCAGUGCUUGUUUGUCUGCCGAUGAAUCUAUGCAACACCUUUACCACUUCUGCUCUGUUCUACCGCACUCAAACAUUAGCGACAAUCGACCGAUAUUCACAUUCGAAGAAGACAACACCGGACUUAUUCGAGCAACCGUCAUUCUCCCUUCCUCUGUUCACCCCGCUGUCCGCCGAGCUCAAGGCGAGAACUGGUGGCACACCGAACAUGCCGCGACAAAAGAAGCAUCUUUUCUCGCAUACGAAGCCCUCUGGAAAUACGGCCUCGUGAACGACAAUCUGCUACCCCCGACUCAAAAAACACAACUCGAAAUGUCUAAUGCAAUGAACGCACCCACCCAGUCCAACAGUGUCUGGAUCUCUGGACAGUAUGACCCGUAUGUGCCUUUGGCGCGCGCAUGGACAUCGUCUGGGCGGUACUAUCAGACGAAAAUCACCUUCUCCAUCAAUGGCGUCGUCGAUGAGAAUCUGACUACGUCGAUGGUCCUGCCCAUGCUUGUGACCAUGCCCGCUCCAAUCACACUUUACUGGUCCUUGGAGAGACAGCUUCUUGUACAGUUCUCGCCUCCAAAGCUUCUAACUAGCGUGACACAAGAGCACAUCUCGAAGAUGCAGCAGAUCACCGCCAUGCUACUCAAAGCACCCUCGGCCCGAGGUGCUCAUCUGAAGAAGGAAGACUAUGUUGUUCCUUUUGUCCCAUGUAUUGCGCCGGAGCAAUUCACGGAUUGGCUAAACGAACAUGAAGGAACGGACUUUGUGUUGGAGUCUUUUGAGCGAGACCCAGACGCCGCUCCCCUUGGUUUCAUUCGCGAUACCUCUAUUUACGCAGAGGCGCGUAUGUUCAUGAGAUGGGUGGUUGAUACCAGUGCAACAAAGAAGAAUGUUAGCAUAGAGUGCCAGUCUCUACCGCAGAGACGAAACCUCCUCAAUCCAGCAACAAUGUACCAUGAGUCCAAGAUGGGCGGUCUUCCUGCCUUCGCGCCAAAGAUUCAAAUCUUUCCAGCAACCGGCUGCACAGUGAGCAAAGUCCCUGCACAAACUGGGAUCAUGGGACGGUUUUUCUCCGCCAUCCUCGACCGAUUCGAGGCCACACUCGUUGCCCAGGAACUAGCCAGUACUAUCCUCAAGGGAGUUGGCUUCAACGACAUCAGCCAUGUCUUGACUGCAAUUACCAUGCCAAUUGCACAAGCCAGGACCGACUAUCAGUUGUAUGAAUUCUUCGGCGACUCCGUGCUCAAGUACACCGUGGCUUGUCAGCUCUUCUACGCAAAUCCAACGUGGCAGGAAGCGCGUCUCUCGAUGGAACGUGAUAAGGUCAUUAGUAACUCGAACCUCACGCGCUCAGCCCUGCUGGUCGGUCUGGAUGCAUAUAUCUUAGCCGACCGCUUCACGCCAACCAAUUGGACUGCACCCUCAAUCGAAGACAAGGUUUCUCGAGAAAUCCCGAAGCGCCAGCUGGCCAACAAGGUCAUUGCUGACGUUGUGGAAGCAUUAAUUGGAGCUGCAUACAUGGACGGCGGGAUGACAAAAGCCCAAACAUGCCUGUACCGCUUCAUGCCCGAAGCAGAUAUCCUACAAGAUGGCCUUCCGUCCCAUGCCAAUGGUCCCAGCAAAGAGCGAAGAUCUACCAGUGUUGACCUACCAUCUUCUCUGGGCGUCUUGCUCGGCUAUACGUUCAACGAUCCAUCACUUAUGACAGAGGCCCUGACCCACGCAUCUGGCAGCCAUGACGGAUCCCAAAGCUACAAUCGCCUUGAAUAUCUCGGCGACGCAGUCCUGGACAUAAUAGUAGUCACCACAAUGGCCAGUCUUCCGAAAAAGAUAGCACAAGGCCAAAUGACGCUCCUAAAACACGCCUUGACAAAUGGGAAUCUCCUAGCCUUCCUAUGCAUGAGUCUGUACAUCGAAGAAGAGCCCGAAUCUUCUUCUGGCUCUGGCUUGUAUCCGGCUUCAAAUCAUUCACAUCCCUCCAAACCCAAACGAAUCCACCUGUACGAUUUCCUCCGCUACAACGGCGACAUCACAGACAAAUCCCGCACCGCAAGCAUAACCCGCUACAACAACCACCGCGAAGAAACAACAACCGCCCUCCAAACAAGCCCCAAAUACCCCUGGCUCCUCCUCGCGCAAAUACACGCCGACAAAUUCUUCUGCGACAUCAUCGAGUCAACGAUCGGGGCUAUAUUUGUCGAUUCCCGCGGCGAUAUGGAAGCAUGUACAUCCUUCGCUGAACGAAUCGGCGUCCUACCAAUCCUACGCCGAUUCAUCGAGGACGAUGUCGACGUCCAGCACCCGAGGAAUAAAGCGCAGGGACUUAUUAAAGAGGAAAGGAUGGUUGAGUUUAAGAUUACCGGUGCAUUGAAUAAUUAUACCUGUACGGCGAGAUAUGGGGCUAAACAGGGACCGUUGGAGGAUAUGACUGUUGUUCGGGGUGUGGCGUUUAGAGAGGAGGCGGAGAUUCGGGCGGCUUAUGCGGCUAUUCCGGUUCUUGUUGAUAGGGAGGAAAGGAAUGCCGAGAAGGAUAGACUGACGCAGAUUGAGAGGGUGGUGCAUCGGCAGGAGCAGAAUAAGUUGAAGAAGAGGAGGAAGAGGGAGGCUAAGUUGCAGGCGAAGCAGGAUGAGAAUGAUAUGAAGGAUGGGAAGGAUGGGAAGGGUGAUUUGAUGGAUUUGCAAUGA